UCUCUAGCAUGGCGGCAUGCUACGGGCUCAGAGAGUACUGAAAUUCCCCUUCUCAGAGACUUUUAAACACUUGCAUGAAGAAACAAAAUUGUGUUGCCUCUGAGACAAAGUUAUCAACUUUCGAUGAAAAUCGUUCCCGAAGUCGAGAUCGUUUCAGGGAAUUGGUUAUGUGCGAUGAAUUCAAUUGUCGUUUUGCGUUUGUAGCUUCUUGACUGCGUUCGACCUGACGCGUUAGUGAGUUGCAAAGGCGGAGCAUAUCUGUUCUGGAAAGGGUAGUGGAUUGCGUUGGACUAAAUUUACCACAACCUCCUGGAAUCUUGACGGUGUUUGCAGGACUGCUUUCUAAAAGACAUGUCCGGUGAGUGAAAGUUGUUGUGUUGUAGACUUGCAUACGAUGACGUGCUGUACUGUAAGUCCGCGUAUGAACUUCAAUUGUAUUUUUACUCCCUCAUAUUCGUGCUCUAAAGUUACCCUCCUCAUGAACUGCUAAAGCCCCCUUUACCGUUGACUUUUGUCCCAGAUUGCUGCUUUUUGAGCCCGAUAAUUUUUUUUCUUCCAUGUUUUGCAUUCGUAUGUACCAGUCUAAGGGACGCCAUUUUGUGAUGAAGUCCAAAGAUUGUGGCGCGUUCCAUCUGAAACUCUAAAUUCUCUCCUACACUAUACGAGGACACGCGAGUUAACGGUGAAGAAAUAAAGUGUUGGUCUCUUCUUUAUUAUCGAAAUGAUGAAAGGCUUUCUCGCCGUACCUUUAAAUUCGAAAAACUACUGUCGCUUCGUUAUCUUUCCUUUUAACCCAACCGCGGCCAUUCAUGUGUUAUGUUGCCAAUAACAGUUGAUUUUUUAUUCGAUGGGCGUAACAUACUGUUCAGGAUUGGAACAUGUGUAGAAGAAAAAAGUGCUUCUAGUCAAGUACUCCAGGCUAACGUUUUUCAUGGAUGAAAUACACGAGAAACUUACGAUUCUUCAAAUGUGAACAAAGGCACGAACCAAUAGUUCUAGCGAUAUGAAUAAUUACUGCCAAUGACAUAAGAUGGCCGAUGCACGGUCGGUGAAAAAUCGAAAAAGAUGAUAUCAUUUUAGUGCGCGAAUUUUAUUUUGCAUUAGGAACUGGUCAGUUUUAGGUUAAUGUCUACUGCAUUGCGUGUAUCCGCAUAGAUAUGCACUUCGUUGAAAUGUUCUUCAUCCAUUUACCGAGAGAAACAUCUGCGUUCUUAGCGAUUUUGUAUUAUUUAUGAAUGUUCAUUUGUUGUUCUAUCGGAGUUCCCCCAGCCACGGUUGAAAUCUACAACCCCAGGAUUUAGUGUCAGUUUCAAAUUGGAAAUCUACCAAUAAUGAUAUGCAUUUCUCCGUGCUUGCUUGUAAAUUGUCGGCGAGGCUUCAGUUCAUAUGAUUCGUAGUAUUUACCAUGACGCAUGCAAGCCAUCAGCUGAGGCUAGCGUUCGAUGAGCGAAAACAACAGAAACAGUCUUAAUCGUAAAAAUUUGGAGGUGGUUAAUUUUGCUCAAAAGUUAUCCAUCAGGUCGACAACGCCUUGCAAGCGCUGGGUCACUAUGGAGGUGAAAUGAUCGCCACAUGUGCUGUAAAAUAUAACUUCCCCCAAUUCAAGUUCCGAAGAAGAUCUCCGUUUGUUAACUUGUUGUCUUCGAUUUUCAGGACGAACCAAAAGAGGCCCUGGUAGACCUAGAACCUCAGACAGCGCGGUGAGUCAUUUGACAUUUUAGGAAUUUUUAGAAAGAUACAGUGGUCCAUCCGACAACUAACCUUUGAGAUAUUUUACCAUGAUUUGUAUUUCCUAUAAUGGAUCUUUUGUCGCCCUCCAAGCGUUGCCUUAGUGAGUCUCUUCCUGCUUGCAUUUCAAUUUUUUGGGGUAAUUGCCAGUGCUAGUGAAUUUGUUAUCCUUUUUAGAGCCUUGAUUACAGCUGUAGAUUCCAGAUUCUAUCAUUGUUAGAAAAGCAAUGUAAUGAGCUCCUGUAGGAAAUAGCUCAUAUAUAUAUAUAUAUAGCUGGUAAAUGAUCCUCGACUUUCUAGCUGCAUGGAAGGUGAUGUUAUGCUUUUGGGUAGUUUGGAGAAACUUUUCUUAUUUGCUUCUUAAAUUUGCUGCUAAUUUUCAUUCAGCCAUUUCAAGAAUCAGAUAUUUUUUUAUAUCCAUGCUGGUGUUUGCAGCUGUUUUUUCCUUUUAGGCUUCUAUUUCAUAAGUAAUAUUGCUACUCCCAGUAAAUUAGGGGAAAUAGGCUUAAAGUAUUUCCUGUUGAGGUUUCAUAGGUGACUGCAAGUACGUUGUUAGGAGAUAAUGCACAUAUAAGAAAAAUUACAAGUUUCCAUACUCAGCAUGGAAUUUACUUCAAAAUUUAUUGAUGUUCAUCGGUUCAUAAGCCAACGUAUGGCAUUCUUUCUCAAGAAAGAUCAUGACAAUCCAAUACUUGUUCAAGACAACAGGGUUGUGAAAAAUAUUAUUGUCAGCUUGAUAAUCUUUUUGUUGUGUUUGGUAAUUAAAAAAGAAAUAGCUUUAAAUAUUUUUUGUUUGGUAGUCACAGAUGUCUGUUUCCAUUAUGAUUUGAAGAUUUCCUUGUCAUUGUUAGAAUCAGACCAUUUAAAUUACUGUCAGACCAAAUGAGUGGGCAGGCAGCAAUUUGCUGCCUGUUACUCUAUUUAUCCUGUUAACUGUUGUGGAACAUUUUGACUGAGGUGUAUUGUACAGGAAGCAUAGAGGAAGUAAUAAUUGGUAGUGCUUUUUAGAAGUGUAUUGAUUUUAGCUCAGGAAAUUGAGGAUGUUUUCCAAAAAAAUGUUAUACACAUGUAUUGAAAUUCCCCUGUACAUCUGCACUACAAUUUUGAAAGGGUAAUUUUUCAGAGAAAGGUCUCACUAUGAGAUAGAUACUGUUCAACUGAUAAUUUUAUACAAUGUAGUUAUUUCCUGUUGUUUACAUCCCAUCCACUGAAUUAGGACCAAAAGCAUGCCAGCCUUAGCUUGCGAUUAAUUACUUGUACAAGUCGUUUAAUCUCAGACAUAAACAGUGUCGUUCUCCUUGUUAUUUGUAAUUUUAUUUACUUACGUUAUGUUACUGAAGUUUUGUCUAGAUUGAUUUUAAAUUAAAAGCUGGUUUCAAUUCUUGAGAUGCCCUUUUUCAUUUCUUAAUUUUAUGUAUCCUAAAGGUAUUUUCAUAAUACAUUUUUUCUGGACACAUGAUUUUCUUCACCUUUGUUUAGUGUUUGUUUAGUCUUGAAACAGGGACAAAGCACUAUUUAUGUACUUAAUUUUAGGUUCUUCAGCCAUUACAUAAGUGCAUUAUAUUUCUAUCUCUUUUAUGACUCUUAUGCCUUUUUUUAGUAGCAAUGUUUUCUUAAUAUGCACUAACAAAAUUAUAAAAAGAUUGCAGCUUUGUCUAUUCUAUUUUCUUGGACUCUUUCUUACAGUGUAUCACCUACAUUGUAAACUACUUUAAGCCUGUGUUCUGUGUUCCACUACCCUUACUAACAGCACGUAUUACAUUUGAAGAUAGUAAAUGAUAAGUAGUCAAUGCAAGGGGACAAAGUUGUCUGGACCUUGCCAGAAUGAGACUGGUUCCAUGGAUUUAAGUAUGCACAGUAAAAAAAAGAGAUGUUUAGUAAGUUUAAAGGAGAAAAAGGCAAAAAAGGUCAAUUGGGCUGUACAUUGUAUCUAAUAUUUGUUCUAAAAUAUUUUUACUCCAAAACACCAAAAUUUUCCCAUUCAAAUUACCAUCCUCUCAUAAGCGACUGUGACCACUUUUUGGAGAGACUAUUUUAAAAUUUUCCACUGUUUUUAACCUCCUGUUGGCAACCACUUAGGGCAAGGUUCAAUCUGUGUGUAAUGAUGUGUUAUUUACUACACUAUGUGAAGAACUUUUAGUGAUAGCUUGUAGCUAAAAUGUUGUAAAGUAGAAAUUGCAUGGAGUAAAUUCUCCUUCAAAAGUAUAGUUUUUAUGUCGGAGCCUCCACUCAGAAAAGGCCACAUGUAAUUUUAUUCUGGGAUUGGACCAGCCCCUGUAAGUGACGACUGAAUCUUGGCAUUUUAGGUGGUUGUAGUUUGGGAGGUUGGUGUGUAUUUUUGCAGAAAGGAAGCAGUACACUUUUCAAGUUGGGAAUAAGAUUAUGGAUUGUUUGACUUCAAUUUAUGUAGAGACUUGCCAGAAAAUGGUUCUAAAACUUUCAAAUGGAGCCUAUUGUGAAAAAGGUGUCUAUCACCAGAUUUCCUUAUUCUGGCUUUUGUCAUCUUUCAGUUGUAGUUACCUGAGUGUAUAGAUGGAUAUUGUCAAACUCAGAAAACCGUGAACACCUGAAAAAUUUCAGGAAUGUUGAUUGUGUACUGGCCAAUCACAAUAAAGUUCAGGAUAUGCAAUCAAACCUCAAACCACAAAUUAAUUAGCGUUGCUGUUUGCAGUUUAGUUAUCUCGCACCUUAUUGGCUUAUUUCUUGCAACACAAUAACAUUCCAUAAAUAUUUCUGGUGUUCACGGUUUUGUGAGUUUCACAGUAAUACUUCCUUGCUUAACAUGUUAUAAAUCUCCUCUUUUUUUGUUGUUACCUUUAUAAAACAGCAAUCACUGAGUCCUUAUCCAAACUCGCCAUUAACACCAGACUCUGAAGAAAGUUUCAUCAUGAGUAUCAGAGAGGGGGGACGUUCCACUAGAGUGCGAAACAGAACAAAACCUCAGCCAGCCAAAAAGACCAGGGUCAAUGCUCAGAGGUAUGUAGUCUACAACAAAAACAUCAUCAUCAACUACAACAGUCUUCAUUUUCUUAAUUUCUCGCUGGACUGACCCACAAUGCAAGUGCAAGUUCACUAUAUUCAACUGUACUGUGAGCACUUACUUGAAGUACAUGUAGACCCCCCCCUGGGGGGGGGGGAGGGGAAAUUUGGUAAAUUGGGUAAAUUUUUGCUGGGUAUGUGCUGCUGGCCUCUCAGAGCCCCUACUCCAUUAUAGUCUAUUCUGCGACCAAUUAUAGACCCCACCUUAGUCACUUUUGGGCAAAUAUGUGAUUUUUGCGAUCCCAACUUAGUCACUUUCUGUUGUUAUGAAUUGGCCCAUUUUUUAAACCGAGUGAAGAGCACUUUACUUAUCACCUACAGCCAAACAUUCUGGUAGGGUUGCUAACCGUAAAUAUGAAGAACUGUCUUACCCCGAAAAAUCAAAAAAUGUGUGACCCCAUUCUAGUAACUCUAUUGAAAAUGCAACCCCAGUAUAGUCAAUCCAGUCGUGAAUAUGCGACCCCAUCUAGCGACAGAAACACAGGCAGAGUCAUCUAAACUUGACCUUGUUAUUGUCUAAACUUAAAUUGGUUCAGUUGAUUAAAGUGACGGUUUAUCUGAACAAACUUGAAUGUUUCAUAAUGGCUGAAUUCAUAUUAGAAGACAGGAAACUCGUCACAGACAGAAUUCCGUCAGAGAAAAUACCGACUGAUAAGAAUUUAAGGAUGGAAAACCAUCGUAGAGUUGUGACCUAUCCCUGCUUUUUCAACCCAUAGUUUUCCAGAUGAUACAGCCAAAAGCAAUCUAAAUUGUCAGUGCUCCAAAAGACAUCAGUGUUUAUUAAUUAGAGGGGCGGAUCCAGAAAAUUGACAAAGGGGUGGCCGGGACACUUGCCAGCUAUAUAAAUACUAUUUAUUCUAUUAGAAUUCUUUAAAAAUAAUACAAAAUUUCAUGACUCUCUUCUUGGGUGCCUUUUUUUUCCCAGUAACAGUAGCUAACUUUCUAGUUCCAGUCUUUUCCUUGGGUGCAAGUGCAAAAAUUUCGUCUUGAUUUUUGUGUCUCUAAUAUGACUUUGGCCAAUUAUGUACUUGAUUUUGUGUGGAAAAAAAAAAUGGAAAAAAGACUUCUUGGUCAUUGAACUUCCUUUCUCCCACAGUGGAGUUUUUUUGCUUUAUGAACCAUUGUGUUUUUUUUAUUUCUGUGUCUCUUAUUUCACUUUAGUUUGCUUUGUAUUUUUUUGUAGUAAGUUGAAAUCUCCUAUCAAAUCCUCACCCAUUGGUUCAUGCACUGGGCGCACUCAUGAGAAUCAUGAUAUCAGUAUGGAACAUGGAAAUUUGAUGGUAAGGAAAGUUUACAGUGAUACAAUUCUUGUGACCUUGCCAGAGAUAAACGUAAAAGAUUAUCUGUAGAAGCCCAUGAACAAUUUUUUAUAUAAUCUAUAUCUUGUCAGAAUAUUAAAAUUGUGUUGAUUUUUUUGUGUACCACAGGACAUGUCACCUUACCCUGUGACUUUACAUGGAUCAGGACAAUUGCUUUUUGAAAAUUUAACAUCUGAUGCUGUUAGCCAAAAAACAACAGGCAUAGAGGAUGAACUGUAAGAGCUUCUACUUUAAUAUUAAUUUUUUGCUGUCUUCAUUAUUAAAAAAGGCUUGUCCUCGUACAAGUACACUAUAAGAUUUGUUUUGCUAAGAUUUUUGGAGGGCUAAUUUUCAGACAUUUAUUCUUGUCUGAAACUCAAGGUUGUGCUCUAAAAAAAAUUGAAGGAUAACACAGAAUUUCUUUGAAAACAUUAAGAUUUCCUUGUUGAACAAGAGCAAGAGAGGCUUGCAUAUGCUUCUUGGAUGACAGUGGUCAACUUGACUUUUUAACUGUUCUUUUUUUUUUGUUUUAGAGCAAGGAGCAAAGUUUGUUCAUUCUGCAAUUGUGGUGUGGAGAUGCGUAUGUUUCAUGGGAAGCUCCAGAGAUAUGCACCAACUCCAGGCUUCAAUCCCAGCAAGAGACUUCAAAGCAGACACCAGCGACAAAAUAGUGGCUGCGAACCCUUUAGAGACAAGCUAGACUUAGAUCCUUUUGAUAACAGACCUUGUGUUGAAGAGCAGCGCGAGCCUCAGCCUAUUAUAACCCGACGUGGUCCUGGGAGACCCCCUGGGCGGGGCAGAAGGAAGGGAAUUGUCGUAGUUGGUUUACCUCUAAGAUCUGCUAAUCAGGAAUUAACAGUUGAUAAGACCUCUUUUGGCACUGUCAAAGAAAAAGAUCUGAGCGAUAUUUUUGAGGUGGACGGCUACACAUGGGCUCAUCAUUGUUGUGCAGCUUGGUCUGAAGGAGUUAGCCAGACAGAUUCUUAUGAUUUAAUAAAUGUUGAUAAGGCUGUUGUCAAUGCUUUGUCAGAGGUAAGAAAUUAUCUUACCUACUUUCUUUAAUACGUCCUUUUCAAGUUGGGUUCUUGCUGAUACUCUGACAUUUUCAGUUGUGGAAUUUACAUGUAGAUCUUGCAACAGUGUAUUAUUGUGUGGAGUGCUCUUAGCUGCAGUCCUGAUAAGACUUGGUGGAAGUUUGGCUUAUUUGUGGCUAUAAAUGUUAUUGCUUAGUCUUUUCUACUGAUCUGUUGUACAUGGGGGUUCAAAUGCAAAUAUGUUUAAUUUUACGUUUCCCCUGGUCGAUUUUGGUUAAGUGUUGUGCUCAUUUGCAAACAAGCUCCAGCAAAACUCAAAUCCAUUUUUAGAGAAAUAUAUAUACCACAAAUUUUGACUGCUUUAUUACAGAUUCAUUGCGUUUAUAUUUGAAAUUAGGGACCUUAAGCGAGGACGACGACGAUGGCAGUGAAAGCGUCAGUAAAAAAAUUUUGCGUUCUUUCAAACUUAAUCGCAUCUAUUUGGACGCGCUCAAUAUGUCAAAUGCAGGCGACUUUUCCGGGAGUUGAAUUCUUAAAGAUUUUAUUCAGGUUCAAAACGAUGAUGGAAACUUUGUCAUCGUUAUGUCCACGUCCCCCAUAAAACAGCAAAUUAGGAGGUUUCACAUCGUAGUCAUGUAGUGGACGUCAAAGAAAUGUAUUAGAAAGCGUGAUGCACAUGCAGAGCUGUUGUUUUGACCAUUAAACCUAUUGUUUUUUUUGAAGUCAUCGUUGUGGUCAUCGUCAUAGUUGCUUAAGCUCCCUAUUAUGUCUGUCAUUCAUAAACAAUGGCUAGUACAAUAUAACUACUCCAACAUCCAGUCAGUGCUUAUGACUGGAUUCCAGACAGAUUUUAUGUCAUCAGUAUGGAAUUUCUGUCGCUGAGCCGCAGACGUUCUUCCUCGCGAAAUGUGCCCCAGCGGCGAUGAGGGAGGAGAAAUGUGUGCUUUUACAGGCCAUUGUUGGCCAUGUUUUUCACUUUUUAACAAAUGGGAGUUUGCACUCUCAUAAUAGAAGAUUGCUGUCUGCUACCCGAUAAGGGCUACAGAACAGGACUUUGAUUUUGAUCUAUGCUCAACCAUUCAAAAUGGAAUUCUUUUGAAAAAAUGAUUUACUAAUAAAAAAAAUUAUCUACUUACUAAUUAAUUGUUGACCUUGUUGUAUUUGUUCUUUCUGCAGCAAUGUAAUCAUUGCAAUCGAUUUGGUGCAAGUGUUGUUUGUCAGAUUCCACGGUGUGGCAAAACAUAUCACUAUCCCUGUGCAGCUAGCAGUGGCUCCUUUCAGGUUUGUCUAAUUUAUUCAUUUUGUAUAUGUGUAAUAGGUGUUUUUUCAUUCGCAUUUGUGUAAGAAUUAAUAAUAAAAUUAUUGUUUUGUACAUACUUUCUAGGACAUUAAAUCCAUGACAAUGCUGUGUCCAGAUCACUUGGAAGAUGCAGGACGUCUUGGUAAGACCACUCUGGGUUGCCUCUGUUUCUAGAGAAUUGAAUUGAAUUGAUGGUUUCAAACCUUUGUAAGUUCGUAAAUAGAGUUUUCAAAACAGGACAUUUCAUUAUAUUCAUAUAGCAUAGGUUCCUUUCAUCUUUUAGGAUAGCCUAUUGCCUUUAUUUCAUUAGUUGUUUUUUCUAUGUGCUCCUCUACAUGAAGAACCACAUUAAGUUGGUGUACUUUUCUUUUUUAAUGAUCUUGCAACAAUUUUUUUUUCAGCGGGUAGUGAAGCAGAGUGUGUCCUUUGUGGUGAGGCUAAAGAUUUUGCGGAGUUAAUUUUUUGCACAAGCUGUGGCCGUCAUUAUCAUGGUCGCUGCUUGGAACCAUCUGUCGAUUUGACAUCUGUUAUCAGGAUGGGAUGGCAGUGCCCGGAUUGUAAAGUUUGUCAGGGUUGCAGGUUUGUUUCUACAUUGUAUUUUUGCAAACCCAAAUUAAGUAUGUUUUAGAAAAUGCAGAAUUUUUCCCAGAAGAGAAAAAAACUGACCUAAACUUAUGAAGGAAGCUCGGCAAUCAAUUAGCACCACUGCCAACAAAAUGUUAUAACAUACAGCAUCACUCUAAAGGAUGUUUCUAAUUAGCACUUCUGCCCCUGAAUAAGUGCUGCAUCCUCCCGGUAACGUACGAUGCAGCAUUACUCUUGACAUGAUUAAUGUUCAAUUGGUAAAUGUAGGCCACUGUGAAAAUAACAUAUUACUCUCAAAUAACUGUUGAUAAUAUUACAGUCAACUCCCAAUAACUCGAACCUUCAAGGGAAAUUGAAAAAAGUUCGAGUUAUUGGGAAAUUAAAGCAAAAAACAGGGAAUAAGAAAACAAGCAAAUGGGUUGGUGAAGGAAGCAAGUAUCAUGCACACUUCAUCUCAUGGACCUUCAACAAAGCUUGAUUAAUUAAUAUACAGGGCUGGACACUAAUUGAACUGGACUGAAAAAAGGUAAAGACAAAGAAAGCGCAGUUGUUUUGAAAUGAAUUCAAUUUUUUGGACUGUGGUACCCUUUUUUUUUUUUACUUUUCGCAUGUUUAAAACAUGGUUUGAGUUACUGAGGGUAAAAUUGUAUAGAAAUGAUCUGAAGGGAAACAAAAAUUACUUCAAGUUAGCAGGAUGUUUGAGUUAUCAAGGGUUCAAGUUACGUUCAUUGUUGGAAAAAGACAAAGCAAACAAAAGAAAGAUUAUGUAGUACUGAAUUAUUCACAAAUAGAAAGACUUAGUAAGUGUUCAAUUUCAAGUUGGAAAGUAAGUCCCUUAAUUAUUUUUUUUAAGUAAAUGUCUUCUUAAAAUGACAGUGAUAUCUGUAUUGAGUUCACAUGAAUGAAAUUCAUACCAGUGUCUGCUUUGUAUGGGACCCUGCAAAGUGAAUAUAGUGUAGUACGGGUUUUUGUCAAAGACUGGGUAAAUUAACUUUGAACAUGAACUUUGCAGGCAACCUGGUGAUGACAAUAGGAUGUUAGUUUGUGACUUGUGUGACACUGGGUAUCAUACGUACUGUCUGGAUCCACCUAUGAGCACUAUACCUAAGACAGGAUGGAAGUGUUUGGUUAGUACCUAUUACUACCAUUCUUUCAUUGAAAUCAUGAUUUUCAAACCUUGUUGAAAAGUGGAAAUUUGGAUUGUAUUCUUGUGAGGGUUUGAAGGUUAAGGUAAAAUUUGAUUGUUUUACAAGGGGGAGGAAAGUCCGUUUUUUUUCAAAUAAUCAUUAGAUUUGAGAAGCAGAGGAAUAAAGGGGUUAGUUUCUAAAGAAUCUGUGGUGGUGCAUCAGUAGAGGAAUGGAAGUGUACAAAGAUUUGGUUUUAUUACUGAGUUGGUAGGGCAGAUUUGCCAAAGCAGACAAGCUGAUGUUUCAGUGCUAGCCCCUUCAUAAGAGCCAUUUUGCUCUGAGAGAGGGUUAGUGCUUAAAACGUCAACUUCUCUACCUACCCAUGGUGGCCAAUCUGCCUUAUCAACUCUGUUGAGAAAACCAAAUCUUUGACAAACAGAGGGCUUGAUAGGUUAGUAUUAAAGUGUUUUUGUGAAGAUUGUCAUACUAAGAUUAUUGUGGUAGUUGACAUAACAGCGACACAAUUCUGUUUAUUUCCUUAACAGAGUUGUCGUCGAUGUGAAGACUGUGGGUCAAAUACCCCUGGAGGAGGACCUACAUCACGUUGGCAUCAUAACUUCUCUGUCUGCGACAGUUGUUAUCAACAGCGUAACAAGGGCCUGUUUUGCCCACUGUGUGGGAGAGCCUAUAGACAGUUCACUGAUGUUGCUAUGGUACAGUGCCUUUCCUGUGAAAAGUGGAUUCAUGCCAGCUGUGAUGAUAUUGACAAAGAUGAUUAUCAAAAGUAUAAUAGCAAAGAUCUUCCUUACUUCUGCCCUUCCUGCAAACCAAAGAAAGGUUCUCUACAGCUAUUGGUAAGCAAGGGUUUUGUUGGUAUAGAGUCCAUUGGGCAACAUUAGGGAACUUAAGAACCACGAUGAAGUUCACGACGACGAUGUCUGUUGACUGGGAAAAGACUGGAACGAGAACUUCAGUUUCGGCGGGGAAAAGGAAACUUAAGAUGCAGUUGGUCAGUAGGUCGACGAUGACGACACUGAAUGUAAACACAAAUGUAAAACUUUGAUGUUUGUUCGCAACAAAGUUCUUCACAAUGGCGUCUUUUAAAACAAUGCAAGAUCUUAUUUUUUAAGCUUUAUGUUUAAUAUUUCAUUGCCGAUGAAGAAUUUUUUGUGUUAUCUGACCUUUUCGAGUGGAAAAACACCUACUUUCCGUAUGAAGAUUAUUCAACUUUCAACCUGAAUGAGAUGACUGAGUCCGAGUGUCUGUCAGAGUUUAGAUUUGGAAAAAGAGACAUUCUGAUGUGAUAGCUGUUUUCCAUGUAAAGUUUAUUUCCUUUAUAUUAAAGAUAUAUGAUUUGCCUUACCUAAAUAGGUACAAAUAAAUUUUAUUUAUCACUUACAAGUUUGCUUUCUCGGCCUCCACAGCUGUUGUCAUUCUUUGAAGUAAAAAUACUUCAUUAGUCGAAUUUUCAAUCAACAUCGCUUGUUAGGAGAAAAAAGGAACGAUACCUGGAUUUAUUAGGAUGAGAAAAUGCAAAGGACUUCAAAAAUUGUUUAAAACAGUGGAUUUACACCUGCUGAAACUUGUGGAUUGCAGGACAACGUGAUUCUACUUUGUUUGGCAUAGCCAACGACAACACAAUGACAAAUGUACUGGUCGCGCUUGGGCAGUACACUGUAACUUACUUCUGGUUGUCGUCCUAUUGUCAUUAUUGUCUUUGACUGUUUCUCGAUAGUCCGGGUAAUUACUAGGCCUAGAAAGCUGUUUUGUUCACAUUUAAGUUCAAGGUUUUAAUAAUUUUGAAAGUUGUGUAAUAAAACUAUCAGCAUGCAAAACAAACUGGAGUGGUGGGGAGAUUGGAACUGGCAGUACCUUAUUUUAGAUUUUGGGCCCCAUAAAGUGAACAAUUCUUUGAGAACAGGGCCUUUGGGCUGAAAAUAAAGAAUUUUAGCUAAACAUGGGUAUCAUCAAAUGUGCUGAUACUUAAAAAAAGGUGGUGGUGGAGAGUCUUUUUUCAUGAAAUGUUAGAAUAACAUUAAUCCAACAAAGCUUUUUCUUGCUUUGAGUAAUAAUACAUUCUUUGUUGUUGUUGGUGGCUUUAGGACAGGAAUCAUGGAAUUGAGCUUGGGUUUAAUGAUCAGCAGCCAACUGAUGUAGACAUGUCAUUUGACAACAAUCCUGAAGAAGACAAACGCACAUUGACGAUUGCAGCUGGGUGUAUGAGCCCUGUUAACAUGGACGAUGACCUUCUGCUAUCUUCCAGUCUGGAUGACUUAAAUCCGUUACGACACUUUGAUCCUGUGCUGGAUGUCACUGACACAGAAACCAUUCCAAUUCCCAACCUUGAUAACAUUGAACCAGAGAAAGUUCAGUUAAGUGAGAAACUCCCUGUGCCACUGGAUGAAGAAAUGGAAGUAGUCGUAAAGCCCGACCAUGAACUGGACAUGUUAGCAACAUCUGCUGAUCUUUCAGACUCCUGCUCAUUGCCUUCAUUUUCAGUGGUUGACAGACAUUUGUCAGAACCUAAAGCACCCACUCCCAGCCACUAUCAACAUCACAACUCAUUUGUCACCCCACCUAAGAUAUUAGGAAAAAGAAAGCUGGCUCCUGGCAAAGUCAAGGUUUGUCAUUAUAAUGUGUCACAAAGUUGGCAGUGGGUGUUUAUUCAAUUUGGUUAGUGCUGCUUAUUUCCCAGAAUUAAUUUUUUCACAUUUUUCUGUAGUCUAAGACUGGUGGAACUCCUGCACGGAAAAAGUCAAAACAUGGUAAACCAGGUCGACCACCAAGCAAACUGAAAAGUAAAGCUGCACCUCAGACGUCACCUGGCAAGGAAAAUGUGGUGAGUAUAGUCUCCGUCUCUGUUUGGUUCAAGCACCCAGGAAAGGUCUGCAGUGAAAAAUUACUUGUAAGAAUGAAUAGAAUGCACAGAGUAUAAUUUGAUCACUCACAUUUGGAGCUUCAGUCACUUGUAAGUUGAUCAUGGGCAUUUUGACCUUCUACCAUUUGAAACUUGGGCAAAUCCUCGCAUGGGAGCAAGAGCCCUUUGACUUUUGAUCGAUCUCGCCCAUGCUCCCUAACUUUUGGUUAUCACUAGUUUGUCAAAAUAAAUUACGUGCUAUAGUCAUGUGCAUAUGUUAGCACUGGAAUUUGUAAUUGGUUGUCUUGUGUAAUUUUAUCCUUAGUACAAUUUUAUCUCUUUUUACAGGCAAGUGCUUCAAAUGCUGUAGAGCAGAACAACAAGGAAGAGGAAUCAGAGAGCCUUCACACCACCCUGGUGCUGUUCUCUGCAGAUGAUGAAUUUACCUCCAGACAGGACAUGUGUCUGUGCUGUGGCAGUUUUGGUAAAGAUGCCGAGGGACAGCUAAUCAUGUGUUCCCAGUGUGGCCAGUCUUACCAUCCUUACUGUGUUAAUGUUAAGGUAGUUACAAACAUUUACAUUUACAUUGGGAUUUUCUGAUCUGUGGAUCAUUGUUAUUCUUGUUCUUUAGAAAUGAGGAGGGAACUGGGACAAGUUAACUUUUGCAAAGACCUUUGGGAAUGUUAUAUACUAGAGAUAGGAAAAACAAUGGACCAAAUAGCCAAGCGGUCGGUAUGUCCCCAGCAACGAUCCCAGAAAAAAUUGUGCGACACAUUUUAGCUCCAGAUCCCUUCUUGUUUCCAUUUUCAUUUCUUUUUAGUAAUAAUCAAGGAUUACUUUGAUCUGUUGACAUUAUAUUUUCAAUGUAUCUUAUAUUUAAUAUAUAUUGUUUGUAUUUAAUAUUAUGUGAAGCAGUAAGGAAGGCUAUUUUUCACACCUGAAACGGAGUCUAGAGGCUAGGAAUUAUGCAAAUUAUUGGUUUAAGCCUCAAAUGAAACUGCCUUUUUUAUAGAUCAACAAAGUCAUCUUGACCAAGGGCUGGCGUUGUUUAGAUUGCACUCUUUGUGAGGGAUGUGGAAAAGGAAGUGAUGAGGCUCGUCUUCUGCUGUGUGACAGCUGUGAUAUCUCUUAUCACACAUACUGUCUUGAUCCUCCACUGGGGCAUGUACCUCAGGGGGGAUGGAAGUGCAAAUGGUGAGUGACAGGGCUGUCAAUAAGGGCCAGUAGCCGGCCAAACAACCAGCUAGUUAGCUCUCUUUAGCUGGCUACUUUCAUCUCCCUCUACCAUAACUGCUAACAAAAAAUAAGCACCAUCGAAUAAAAUUGUUAAGUAUCCGUUUCCCAGUUUUGAGAUAUUCUAACAGGUUUAGAUCUGUGAAACGUUCGAACUGUGCGAUACGUUUGGGACAUUUCGAUGGCAUUGUUCCCACUCUUGUGUUUAUUCUGACCAAACAAAUACCUUGUGAAAACCUCUGGAAACGCCAUUUCCAAGACUCUAAUUUUCAAAAUGUCCCUAUAAUAGAUGGCUCGGCCCUCAAGCAUUUGUGCCUUUGGUGCAAGUUCCAAAGCCACCUGCUAUUCAUUAUCAGCCUGCUACUUAAAAACUUUUUGACAGCCCUGGAGUAAAUGUGGAGGUUUCCCCUUGAAAAUGUAGAGUAGGUGGCAAUAGAUUUGAACAAAAGAAGUGGAACGUCAUUUACACAGUUUAGACCUGCACAUGGGUAUUGGAUGGGGAUUGGCCACCUACCCUUAGGAAAAUAUAGAAUAAAGAAUUUCAGCCUUAGUAGUGGCAUCUUUAUUCACCUUUAUUCGGCUUAUCUUUCGUCAUAUGUUGAAGUGUAAUACAGAAGACUUAUUCCCCUCUUAAAAAAUAUUUUGUGUGAGUAACCAGCACUUCUGUGGUGACUAUAUAUGGCAAUUUUUGCUGGCUGCCAUACCCCGGAUCUUUUGGGGAACACAUCUGAAUGAAUGAAAUUUCACAAGCUUUGCUUUUGUAUCGAGUGCUUUGGAAAUGUGACAGUUAUAGAAAUUUUUGCACCUCCUGCUGAUCUAUUCUUUCUUUUUGUCAGGUGUGUGAAUUGUUCUGACUGUGGAGCUACAACACCAGGGAUGGGGUGUCAGUGGAUGUCAAAUUACACUCAGUGUGGUCCGUGUGCCAGUAAAACAACAUGCCCUGUCUGCAAGAUCAAGUACAACACCAAUGAUCUCAUGAUACAGUGUUCACAUUGUGAAAGGUAUGUUCCAGAUUUACUGAGAGGAUGCUACCAUAUUCAUUUUAUGCUCAUAAGGAUUAUUUGUCAGUUCUUGUGUGGUAGCAGGCACUAUUGAUGUAAGCUGUCCUGGUACUGGACUUGCUGCUUUAGGGACAAGUUGAGGAUUUUGCCUGGAAAAUACUUCUGUGAACCAUGGCUGCCUUGGUAGAAACAUGAUAAAUUACAUGCACCUUGAUGACACAGGAAAACUUUAAUUCCCUAGUUUUCUUUGUCACUUUGAAUAUGUGUUAGAUUUGCAACAGAAGUAGCGAAAUUUUCAAUGUUAUUUUUCUUCAGCAUUUAGGCAUACAUUCCUUAUUAAUACAUUCAGUUAAAGCAGUGUUCGCCCUAGGUACUUAAGGCUAAGCGGAUCACCUGGCUUAAUUCACCAGAAAAUUGUGGCCGCCUUGCUUAAAAACCAAAGAUUUAACGGAAUGGAGGCUUAUAUCGACAUAUGUCGGAAUGAACCAUUGUCUGGUGUAUUUAUUUGUGUAUUUUCUCGCAAGGUAUUGAUUGUAAAAGUGGUUUACCGUUGGAUGAAUUUGUUCAAACCUGUGAUGCAUUCAUUUUGUUGAACAACAGCCAUCUUGAAAUUGUUCCAGAAACACAAUGGGCCUUCAAGGAGCUUGAAACAUGGAGUAUGGAAAUUCCUUCACUUGCAGUCAAUACAAGAUGAGCGGAAGAAAAAUGAGAAGCUUGUCAAAGCAAAUUGAGUUUUUUUUACAACUCAAACUAAGUUCCCAAGUUGAUAAAUUUUUAUUCAGGCUACAGCAGGUUUCGUGCAAACACUGUUUAAAAUCACAGUCAGAGUACCCUCUGGCCUUCCCAAAAUCCUUUGGAGAACACUGAAAAGACUGUCUGUUAAAGGGGUGUCUGCAGUAGUAAACCAGUGAUGUUAAUUAUGUCAAAAUCCUAAGGGUAAUCUCACAGGAAUGCUAUAUUGAAAUCUGUAAAUCUAACUUAUAUAUUUUGUAUAGAUGGCUUCAUGGCUCCUGUGAUGGUCUUGUCAAUGAGGAAGAACUGGAUUGCGCAGCAGAUCAUGGAUAUCACUGUUUGUAUUGUCGACCUAAAACCAAGAGAGCACUUGUUGGUGUUAGUGGUAUGUCUUAUAGAACAACUCCACCUGCUUCAAAUCCUUUCCUCUCCUUCUUAUCCUCUGCUGGAACUAAGUCAUUGCAUGGUUAGUAAAUGUAUCACUGUGCAUCUCAUUAAGAUACCCUCUGCCAGCAUUCCAGACCUUAUGCCGUAGAUUGUGUCAAUAAAUUCUACCAAAAAAGAUUGCUUAGCCCUUGAAUUUGUUUUAGCAUGGAAUUCAGUAAUCGUGAAAUUAGCCAGCCUUCACUUACUCAUUUCCGUUGGAAUACUGCUGUAGUAAGUCGUUAAAAGGUUUGUAGUUAUAUAAACCUUCUUAAUGUUAGAGUAGAGGGUAUUUAAUCUCCAAUUAAACUUUUCUUGUUUUUUUUUUGUUUUCCCCUUAUUCCUUUGCCUGGUAUUGUAUAUCUAGCAAAAUGUAAGUUACACUGUAGGUAAAAAGCUGGGCCCAGUUGUUCAAAAGGUGGGCAGUGUUAUUCACAGGAUGAUUGCUUUUCACUUCGUUCAUUUGUAAAACUUAUGUCCUGUUAACAUCCCAAAUUGUUGGGUUUGUUUAAGGAAGUUAGCGACUGUUGGUACUUUCUUUCUUUUGUUCAAAGGUCCCCCAUCCCCGAAGGCCACAGUCUUGCAUCAUUACCGACCUCAGUCUUCACUGGAUAGUGACACUCCUGUUCCCUCCGGCAAACCUCUGCAUCCUUGUCAGAGACGAAACAACAAUUUAGUGGAACUGAAGUUGUCUAGCCACUUCAAUAAAGUACACAUGUCAGAACCCUUUGUUGGUAACAAUAUUGAACUGACAGAAUCUGGUGUACGGCACAUGAACAAGCUGAAGCUACCACCCGGAGGCGCCAGGAGACGAGUGAUCAAGAACAAGGUCAAACCUAAGAGGUUUGGAUUACCUGUUAGCCCUGUCAAAAAGAACAGUUUUACCACAGGACACAUUCAAGAGAAAGAGGCCAUUUUUAACAGAACUUUCACUGAAGAUGGUGACACACUCAUGGCUAAUGAAAUGGAAAGCCUUGGACAUCAACCUUCUUUAGUUCCUACUAAAGUCAGUAGACCUAGGCAAUCUGGUGUUGGUAGACCAGGUGUUGGUGGCUUUGUGUUACGUGGUCGUGGUUCAGGAGGGAGGCGGCUUGUUGGCCGAGGUGCUCGAGGAACUAACAAGAGAAAAGUUCCUGUUCUGUCUAUGCCAGCCUCACGUGGACAUUCCCAUUUUAACAAUCAAGGAAACCAUUUGCCACGGGUAUGUUUCAUUUUGCGUCAACUCCAUUUUUAGAUAUACCACUGUUUUAUUACUUCCACACAGUUAAGUUCUUAUUAUGGAAUUGGAAAAAUCUCAAGACAAAAUGUGCUCUAAAAGCUCUUUGCUGUUACUUAUUUAGUGAAAGAGCAUUAAAUCUAGGCUAGUGGUGGAAGUGUUGAAGGCAAAAUGUGAUUUAAUUUUGAAGUUGUUUGAACAGAGCACAAAGUUUGGUCUAUCUUUGCCAUGGAUCAUUCAGUAGAAUAACCGUUUUAAUUUAAUUUUUAGAAGUAACUGUUUAUCUCUAAUAGACUGACCCUUUUAUGGUAGCCUGUGAACGGGUUCUCUGUUUGGGAAAAGGUGACAAAAUUGUGAGGAGAGGGUAGGAAAAAACCUGUGGGAAAACCUUUGAGGUCGCUAUUCUGCCCUCUUGUGUUGUAAUUGCUGAUUAUCUGUCAGUAAGAUCGUUAUCUGUUACUUGGAUACAUUGGAAUGUAAUCAAUUUGGCUCGUGUAAAACGGGAGUCGGUAGGUUGCCUAGUCCAUGUACGGCAUUUUUCCAGUCCCUCUCGGUCAAGUCACUUUGGUGAUGUAUUCAAGGCCAUGGGUGGAAAAUGCCUAGACAAAAAGAGAAUAUACAUGCCUGCAUUGCUUUUUGAAAUUCAAGAUGUUGUCAAAGUUGUAAACAGCAGGAAAUUGUUAGAGAUUUGCAGGAUCGACUUUUGCCCACCGGCUUUGAAAGUCAUGAGAAUGUUAUUCAUAUACAGGGCUCAAAAUAACGGCCGGUCAACGGACCAUGUCCGGCCUGAUUGUGGGCUUGACGGGUCAAACUCUCGUCUGGCCGGUCAUUUUGACCGGUCAUUUUUGGAUGCUUGUCGCUUAAUGCGUUUUGCUCUAUAAUGCUGUAAUUCGCUGCUUUCUGUGGCUUUUUUUGCUGCUUUGCACUAAACCCUUUAAAGAAAAACGUUCUGCUUUGCUGUGAUCAGUAAUGCGACCUUCUUUGGGAAAACAUUCGCUAGCAAUAAUCUGUUAUUUUUUAGAAAACUAAAGGAUGAGUGACAGUUUUUGUCCAUCAAACGUUUCUACUUGUAACAGGAUUGUGAAAAUCACCUUCGACGGGAUUCGGGCUAAUCGAUCGCUCGUCCUGUACUGUUUCUCUGGGAAUAAAUUUCAGCACAUUGAUUAAUUAUAAAAUUUCUUUACGUCGAACAUAAUCUCAUUUGCAGACUUGAUUCCAGAAUUGUCUGAUAAAAACUAAGCUAAUCAAGAACGAACGUCGCCUAUCUCUGCUAUAUCAGUGCUUAAAAUCCUCCUUCUUGAUAAGCCGUUCACUUGAUAAGUGUUGCGCGACGACCCAAACGAAAGCUCUCCUGUAUAUUUAUUGACUUCUGAUGACAAAUACCCUGUUUGCGGAACAAAUUUCUUGCCAAAUCAACUUCUUUGCUGCAAAUAUUUAGCGACGAAAUUCUUCUUUGUGGAGGAGACUUUCGAUCACGUGCCGGGCAACGAAAAGGAUCAAGUUUCACUGAUAUGCAGAUAUAGGAAGAACCUUGGAGACUUCCGACACCGCCGUACGAUGAUGCUGAAGGUAUAUAUAAACGGACAUAAAAUGUGCGAAAAUCGCGGAAAGGAACUCAUCAACGUGUGAAUGAAUUUUUCACCAACUUGGCGGCGAAAACUCGAACGACAAUGCCGUACUGCCAGCGUAAUUCGACAUUCCAUGGGCAACAAAGUAAUUAUAAUAUUCAUUAAUUUGACUGGCCAAAAUCGGGGUUUGUCCGGGCUAAAAAAUAUUUGGCCGGUCAUCAUGACCGGCGACCUGCUGUCCAUUAUUUUGAGCCUUGAUAUAGUCGUGUAGUCCUGUUAGGAUUGUUUCUGCUUCUUCAAUCUCAUCAUUCCAACUGAGGUAUCGGAGUUUGCAGCUAACGACCAUGAGUUUUCAAAGUAAAAACAAUACUUUAGUGACCCACUGUGUAGUAUACUUGGAGCAUAUAGAGCGCAAAUCUUGAAUAAUCAGGAAAACAUACAUUGAAAUAAAAUUCAUUAGCUCAUGCUGUGUAUCGAAAAGUGCUGAAAACUGAACCUAAAAGUCAACAUCCUAUAAAGUUCACCGACAUUCGCAGAUUUGAUGCCAGUAAUGUGAGAAGCAUUAAAUUCAACUUGAAUGCUGUUAUCUCAGGAUCAUGUUUUGUUAUCGUGAAAGAACACAUGUUGUAACAACAGACUGAGAAAUUAUUCCUCGAAAAAUUUUUAUUUAAUAUAUUUAUAAACCCAUACAUUAAUCCUUAAAAGCAAUUCGCAUAGCACAAACUUGGCUUGUGGAUCCAUUCACUCAGUUAAAAUCGACUGGGCACAUAUCAAAAAUUAGUCAUCUCAAAUCAGGGCGCUCAAGACAAUCUCAAAGUGUAUAAAAUGUCUAGGAUGAAAUAUUUACAAAAACAUAUAUUUCCAUUUAAAAAUGAUUGAGUGUAGAGUAUAGAAUGUACCUGAAAAUUCUUCAAAAACUUCGCUGCUUGGUUCCGUUGCCAGUUGUGUUUCAAAACAGGCCAAGAACUCCAAUCGGCUGCAAUGAAAAUUUCGUGAAUUUUGAGUUCCUCGAAGGACAAUUUUGCAAAGAAGAACUUCCCUUGUCCACUAAAAGAAAACUACCGGUAAGCGUUCUUUUGAACUUUUCCUUUCCAUCUGUGUCUUUUAGCGGUGUAUUUUUAACCUUGAAAGGUGAAACACUGGUCUUACAAACCACCGCCAUUGAACUGUCCCUCUUUUGUCUUACUUUUGAAGAUUUUUGUUUAGGCCUCAAAUUUUCCCUCGGACCGCGUGACCUGAAACACUUCAGCUGCGCAGAAUGAUGAAACCUAGGGACUAGGCAAGGUCGGUAGGCACUUUCACCUUGGGCCAAAAUGCUGCUUGUUCCAAUGAAUUUUGUUUUUGAAAGGUUCUAUGUGUUGACUGAGCAAAUGUGAUUUUGGCGCUUGUUUCAAACUGAGAAGUCAUGACACACAUAUUGAUUUUCUACAGUUAUUGUUUCCAGUUGGCAUGAUUUGUCCUCUGAUGCAAGAAAAGCUCUUUAUUGUGGUUAGAUAAGGGUUUAAGGUUGUUCAAUUUUCUCCAAAGUGCCUCCUGGAUAGACUGAAUAACUAAAAGCGAUUUUCUUUUGUCUGUGAAUGUGGUGGUUUCUUGCAAUGUUUUGUCACACUUCUUAGUGUUUAUUGCAGGAUGUUUUAAAAAUUCUCUCAGAUAGUGAAUCACAGUUCCAAAUUUCGAAGAAUGAAUUGCAUCUUAAACUGAAGCAACCUGUUUACAAGCAAUUAUUCAAAUUGUGUGCUACGUGCCAACCAAAAAGGUGAUGUCAAUCAAACCUGUCAACAGUCAGUGUUCUCGCCGAUAGGAGCUUGCAUCAGAAUCUGGUGUACAGUGGGUGCCGUGGAACAGUGGUCCUAAAGGGUGUUGCUCAGCCCUUCCCGGUUUUCCCUCUUGCCAGUUCCCCACUCGACCCAAGGCCUGUUCACAGGCUAUUUUAUAGUUGUGGGUUUGUACCCUAGCCUUUGAGGGAAUGUGAGGCUGAUCUUGACCUUGUUUUGAUGUAAAUCUACUUUGUUUUCUUAUGGAAAUUAUGCUUGAAAAAUUGUAGUUAGCAUAAGAACAACAUAGUUUACACAAGAAAGCAGGAAUGUUUGUAUCAAAGCAAGAUCAACUCCAGCCUUUUUUCCAUUUGUAACUAUCACUAUAAAAACUGUGAAAUGGCCCAAUUCAAAUGCUUUGUUUUCUUUUCAUCAGUCAUUUACAAGUGGAUUAAACAGUCCAACCAAACAGCCUUCUUUCAACCACUUAGAGGCCUCAUUUAAUCAUGGUAGUAAUGACAGCUGGGCAGCUGACAGUAGUGAUGAAAAUGGUCUGCAAGAUGCAUAUCCUAAGUGGAUGCAGGUAAUCUACUUUCAUGAAGUUAGUGAAUUCCCUUCAUCACAUUAAUUUUAUCUCAGAGCAUGUUAUGAGAAAUAGUCCUUUCUCAAUUCAACUGUUUUUGCUUGUUUAAGGAGGCUUUUUUUGGCAAAGACUUGUUGGACACAUUAGGCAAAGAUAAGAGAGUGAAGCCUAGUGGCAAAGCAGUGCUUACCCCUGACCAAGGGACAAAUAAAGACCCAUUUGCACCAAGACAGGGCUUUGUGCACCAAGAGCAACAAGGCAACUCAGGCCAAGUCCCAUAUCCACUGGUGACUAGUGAAGAGCAGCAACGGACACUUUAUCAGCCAGGAUACCAGAGAACCAGUAGUCACUCUACAGCGCCACAGAAACAACACACAAGCUUGGGCUUAAGUGAACAUGAGAUGUAAGAAUGUUGUAAUUAAUUGGCUUUUAUAAAGCACUCUCUUGAAGUUAAGGUGUCCUUACAUCUAUUUCACAUGUGGGCUUAGUUAUUUUUGUGCUUAUAUGAUGGCUGUAAUAAGCCAGCAGAUGCCAUCAGUGUGUUAGUAGCCAUUGAUUGAUAAAUUUCACAUAGGCAUUUUUUUCUGGUGAGUUAUUUUCAAUAUUUCCAUGGUCAAAAUGCUAUUUGAUAGAUAUACAUGAGACCUGCAGAAACAAAAUCAAAUGAAGAAUGAUCCUCGCAGUUUUGAACACAAUUUAUGCAAUUGUGGAAGAACCCUGAAGAAGAUUCAGGACUUAAACAGGAUUUGCACCCGUGACCUCGCGAUACUGGUGCGAUGCUCUAACCAACUGAGCUAUGAAACUCAACAUCAGUGGCUUCAUAGCUUAGUUGGUUAGAACACCGCACCGGUGUCACAAGGUCACAGGUUGAAAUCCCAUUGAAGUCCUGAUUUUUUUCAGGCUUCUUACGCAAUUGCAUAAAUUGCGUUCACAAUUGCAAGGAUCACUCUUUAUUUGAUUAAAAAGCUUUUUAUGAUCCAGGGCAAUUCUUACUUUCAGUGAAUGUUGUUAUGGAAAUUAAGAGAAACUUGUUAUGCAUACAAUCUUGUAUGUAUUGUUUGCAGCUGGUCUCCAUCUCAUGCCCUUAAUCUGCCUGAAGAGGUUCCCAAUCCUGAUGCACUGUACAGCUCACUGGAUAUGCUGACGGAUGAUUUACAACCAGCAACACAGAAUGAUUCUCACUCUGCAGCAACCAGAGGUUUGUGUUGCUUAUCCUUUUCUGUUUUUUUUUUCCAGCAGUUUACAGGACCUCUUUGUUGCUGUGAUUUGUCACUCUUUUCGUGUCUUUUACCAUAACUGCAAGCAACAAUGCAAUCUGCGGCUACUCUCACUUGGAGAUCAUAUUCAAUUUACUUAUGUCAUAUCUUCUGGGUUCAAGCUAUUUACUUUCUGUAGGAUAAGUGUUACUGUUGGGUUUCUUUUAAUUUGAGCUAACAAUAUUAUUGCUUUGACACUAGAGUAGGUUGAUCUGCUUUCUUAUCUCAUCUGUGACAGGACUUUCUCAUACAACCUCCCAACCUCUGCCAUCAACAGCUACUUCCCAACAACAUGUAGCUCCAGCAGCAGCAGCAUCUACUUGGAAUCAAGCACAAACCCGUCCCCAGGGAAAUGACCUGGAUAUUCUGGACACUGGAGACAUAUUGCCUCAUGUUGAUGGCCAAGAGGUUGAAGAAAUUUUUGCUGGUAUAGAAAGAGAGAUGACAAACAGUGUGUUUAAUUUUUUGGAUACUGACAUAAAUGACAGUGUUGUGGUCAGCAACCAAGAACAGUUUGCACCUUCAGUUUCCAACUCUGCUGUACCACACCAUGGUGUAGGUCUUCAGUCUGGUCAACACCCUGUGGCUGCUGCCUAUGGCCAAGGUGUCACCAAUCAUGCCUACAAUACUGGUUCUGCCCAUUUCCAAGGUGUUCCUGGAGGGCCAGGAUAUCAACAUGGAACACACAAUCAAAUUGAUGGCUUUCCCAGUUCUGUUGUUUCAGGCCAACUUGGAUUUGGCCAAAGCAGUACCUUUCCAAGACCAGGUGACCUCGAUGACUUACCAAGGGAACGACGCAGACCGCCCAGUCCUAGAACAGACCCGCUAAAACAACAGCAGAAAUGGGAAGAGGAUGAGAAGCUUGGGGCCAUGGCAACUAUAUCACCAGUUCUAUACGCUAACCUUGAACAUGCCAACUUGAAGCAAGAGUAUCCUGGUAAGUCAGUGGAAAUUGGCAGGAAACAAAUGUGACCAUAGUUAACGUGCACAUAAUGUCAGUGUCUUUGUGGCUCACUGAAAUGUAGCAUUAAAAUGGUAACUCUGAGGUCAUUAGUCCUGAAUGUUUGUUGUGUGCAAAGCUGUAACAAUCAGUUCUUCAUCUAACUUUGCAUGUGAUCACAAGGAGCAGAAGACUCAUGUUUGACCUUGAUUCCAGUUUUUGUGAUACAGCUGUAGUUGUGUAAAUAAAUGUGACUGAUUAUGCCGUCAUGUAACAAUGUUUCAAGACUAGCUGGACUGUUGUGGAAUGUCCCCAACUUUGACCAUCUUAGUAGGAGCGAUCAUUUUCACCUAAAAGGCGAUGUUGUGGAAAAGUGAAGGUUUCCGAAUGAGGCACAAAGUGUUAGGAUAAAAAAAGAUAUUUUCCCUGUAUUAUUUACUGAAAGUGGAUCCUGUGAGCCCAGAGCCCUUAGGCCUGCAGGAUAUUAAUUUUCUUGGGUAAAGAAACUGUAAUAAGAUGAUAAUGUGUCUUAAGUAAACCAUGGUCCAAGGUUUUACAAAUUUAACUCCCCUGGCCCUUGUGACGUGCAUAGCAAGCAAUAGUAUGUAUCUGUAUGUGCAGAUGUAUUUAACUGACAAAACCAGUAAUGUUUUGUUUACCCUUUUAAACCUUAUGUCAAAAUUUACAUUCUCAUUCGUUGCCCCGAGGCAUUCCUUUAGACGUGGUGGGGAGAAGUUGCUAACCUUGUGUGAUCUUUUCCUUAACUAUCUGACUACAUUAUUUUUCUAGUACAUUGUUGUAACAAGGAGAAAUGCAGUGUUUAUCACUCUUUGGGCAUAAAGGUCUAAGCCGUGCCCCACCUUCACCCAGCCACCACCCAUCCCCGCAACCCUACCUAUACCUGUAGUCCUUACUAUACCUAUACAAGUACGCGUAUUAGUUUUAUGUUAUUUAAGAGGUUAUUGCAGUGGAGUUAGUGUGAAUCAAGUUACUUGGCUAUUUAACCAGAUUAACUGAUUUUGAAACUUGUUAUUUAAGAAUGGGCUAACAGGUACAGAGCUAUCGCAAGAUUGUGGAGAAAAUUGUCAGUGGAGCAAAGGGAUCCUUAUCGGGUAAGGGUACUUAACCCAAACAUUCAGAGUUUGUUCUCUUGUGCUAAGUUAGCAGUAGCAAGAGUUGAUGAUACCAUACUGACAGUAUGUUUGGUCCAUUAAGCAUUUCUUUUUUAAUUGUUUUUUUUUUUUAGCUGAAGGCAAGGGACAACCGUGUGCGGUUAAAAGAUCAGGGGAAAAAGGUAAAUAUUACUAAUUCAACGAACAAUAAAGAACAAGUUACCGACCUGUUUGUAGGGUUUCUUGUUAAAUUGUUGUCCUCGGCGUAAAUAGCCUGUUCACAGACCUUUUAUUUUCUCUUAACGUCCAUCGAGCGUGCGUGAUAAAAAUAAGACAACGUCUGUGUACAGGCUACGGCUGAAAAGGUAAAGACAUUCUGAUGGUGAGGAUAAAGGGUGAAAUUUUGAAACGACACGUCCAACAUUUGUUUAGACAUCAUGCCAUUAGAAGCUGCUAAAAUCAUGUCAGUGAUUUUGUAUACAUUUUCCGUUAAUAGUUUGCAAAUAGCCCACGUUCGAUAUAUUAAAAUUCUAACUUGACACGGAGGCUUUAGGGACAAAAUUGCAAUUUUUUCAGGACUCCAUUGUCCCGCAAUUCCGAGAAGAGACUUAGACACAAAGAAAACCAAACCAAAUAUACAAAAAUGAGGAGAAAGCCUCGGAGUAACGUUAGAAUUUUAAUACAUCGAACGUGGGUAAUAAACUAUGGUAAAGGUGAGUAGGGCUUUGACAAUGUUGCAAAGUCAUACGUUCUCUCCAAGGUAAGAUCAAGUGUAUUCUUGCAAGAGUUGUAGCAGUAUUGUUGGAUGAAUUUAUGUGCUCAAAAUGUGGUACACCACUUACAUUAUUUUGCUGUAUUGGAAAUUGUGUUGCUAUCGUACCGUCCGUCGGGUGUUAAGCUUACUUAGUAAUUCCACGAACUGACAUCCAUGCCUUUUUUAAUAUCGAUACCUAGUUCUUUUUAUUGGCGCCAUUGAAAUGUCACAAAAUUACUUGUUCAUUUAUUUUAGUUCGAAUUAUGUUUUACAUAUGGGCUGCUAGGUAAUUCUUUCUGGUGAAAAGCUAGCUGGCUAGAUCGGUGUUUGAAGAAUCGUAAUUCAAUAGGUUUUACAGCGACUUCAAAUGCAGUUUGAUGUUUUUUAGCACGGCAGAUUUGUUGACCUAGUUGUCUUUUCUUUCCCAGUUAAUUGCAAGAAAUGAUGAAAACUCAAAAGCAGAAGGACAGAAGCCAGCUCAAAAUAACCCUCAGCAGCAGCAACAACAACUUCCUUCACAAGAGCAGCAGCAGCAGCCGACCCAGCUGCCACAACAGGAGCUGCUGCAGCAAACACAACCCACACAACAGCAAGUGCAGCAGGUACCCCACCCCUCACAAGACCCACGCCAAAGCCAUCAAUACGAGCAGUAUGUACCCAUGCAAACAAAUGUAGACGGCUCCCUGUUUCCAGUUACUUCUGUUAUGCCGGUACCACUCACACCUACCACACCAGCAAGGUCAACAACUCCGGUGACUCCAGGCACUCCUGGAGCCAUGACACCUACCACCCCCACAACACCAACUCCUACCCAUGGUCAAGUGUUGAGCCAUUCACAGAUCGCACUAAGCCAUCCAGCAGCUGCAGUGAACCAUCCCCAGGGAGGAAAAACCGUCAGUUCCAAGGGUAAAAAAACUAAGGAGGAGAAGGAGAGGGAAAAGGAACUCAGAAAGCAACGGCUACGAAUUCAACAGGAACAAGAACGGCAGUGGAAAAUUCUCCAGCAAAGGAGAGCUUUGGAGCAGCAGCGUCAACAACAGCAACAGCAACAGGAAAACACCCUGCUAAGACAGGAGCUCCGGAAACAACAGCAGGCAAAAGGCACCAAAGGAACUGAUGAGCAGAAGAAAAAACGUUUACCAAAGGGUAGCAAGCGAGCUUCCUGUCAGGCGUCAAAGGGACAACGACAUGCUGAUCCAACAGUUUCAAACUUAGGUCUUCACGGAGAAAACUCUGAUAGAUCAUUUCAAGGCACUCAAGGCGUACAGCAACAAGUGCUACCGGUUGAAUCUUCGUUUUCUGCUGCACCAAGAGCGAAUGCUAAUGCUCUUGCAUCUUCUACCACACAACUUCAAAAUGAAUCGUCACAUGAUUUUUUGGCUCAUUAUGAUGAGCAAAGGGAUAAACCGUUUAAAGAAGGAGAAAUUGACACAAGAGAAAGUAAUUGCAGACCUGAAAUCUCUACCCCAGUCACAGAUGAAUUACGUUCAGUGAAUGCAGAUGCUAGUCAGCGAUAUCAGGUACCAUUCAAUUGGCAAAAGGAGACCAUAGAAGAAACAGUACAGCAUACAGAUAGAGCUAUCUGGGAACAUCCUCAAGGUCACCACCAACUGGAACAACCAAGAAGACCUAGUGACCACGCGCGUCAACCACAGGAAGCUGCAAGACAAAGUGUGUGGGACUGUGAAGAUCUACAACCUGAAGCCAGUCGGGAUCAUUUGGGCAGCACCAACCUUCAGAACGGCACUACUCUUAUUGAACAACACAUAAGGCCCUCUCAAGAAUCUCUUCAAGAGCAGGAACAGGUCGCUCAUGGCAACUUCAGUUCUCACGAGCAAUUAGCGUUUCAAGGUGAAAAACAGCAAUCUUGGUUAUCUGUGUCUCAUGGUAAUCCUACGGGGAUACCUGUGACACAGUCAUCGAUGCAAGGUCAACAGGUUGGUGGGGAAAAUGAGCAAAUAGGACAGCAACCUUCUAUCCCUGAUUCGAUUCAAGGUCUGCCUUAUCCAGUACAACAGGAAGUGGCGUUGAAUUCUUCGGAACAGCACCACCAACAACCAAGUGUGGACCUUCAGCAGUCUUCUCAGCAAAUUGCAGUGAUGCACUGGCAACAAGAACUGUCUCAAGUUCGGGCACAGGUAGCAGCUGCUGAUCUCCUUCCACCUCAAUCCAUCGCCCCUCAUUCAGCCGUUCCCCCUCCCCCUCCCCCUCCGCCGCCACCCUUACCGGCGUCCCAACAGCAGCAACAACAAACAGGACCGUUACAAGCCUAUGAAAUCAACACAGGGUGGCCCUCGCAGCAGGGACAAGUACCACCACCACCACCACCACCACCACAUGUACAUCCACAGUCAACUACACCUUUUUCUCAGCAACCUCAGCAACUACAUAGUGCUUCAAAUCUACAACCUGCAAUUUCACAGAUGCCGUUUCAAGCUGUUCAGCAGCCUCCAAUCCAGAUAGCACCCAAUCAACUUCCUGCCCUACCGAUGACUGUCCAGUCUCAGGAAAACCAACUGCAUCAACCCCAGCAAGACGUGGCUCAGAGACAGCAGCGGGAACAACUCAUCCGAGCUCAACAGCAGCAAUUUUUCCAGAUGCUUCAACAACAACAAGUGUUGCAACAGCAACAGCAGCAGCAGCAGCAGCAGCAACAACAACAACAGAGCACUGCAAUUCAGCCAGGAUUUGUGCGAGCUCGAUUUAAUCAAGUCGCAAACACAAAAGAUUUGCCUGAAAUUGAUACAGAGGAAGAACAUCAAGAAAGGUUGCGAUUCCUUUAUCGUCAACGCCAAGCACAGAAACAACAGCAAAUGCAGAUGCACGCGCAGCUGAUGCAGCAGGCUUGGAUCCAGCAGCAGCUAACAACUGCAAAUGGUCAAGGAGUUAUGCCUUCGGGGAUGAUACCAGUGGACACUUCCAACCCUCAGUUAAUGCAACAGUUUGCCCAGCAGAUGCAUCCUCAGAUGUCUGACGUAACACAACAGCAGCUGUUUGCUGAAUAUCAACGACGAAUACAACAGCGCCAAGACUUAGGCAAACAAACGGUUCAGUAUGAAAAGGUAUUGCAAGAAUUUCAGCAACAGCAAGGAAUAGCGGUAGGUGGUGCCCACCCUACAGCUCCCUUCAUCGAGGUUCCACAGCAGAGAUUUGCUGUAAGACAGCCUACUCCAAUGGUUCAGCCUGGUUUGAAACCUAUUAUCCCUUACGGACUUGAUGGCCAGUUUGUGGGUCAACAGCAGCAAUUUUACAAGAUGCAACUACAGCAACAGAUGAUGAUGCAACAACCAAAAAGUGAACUUCUCCAAAACAAUACUUCCCAGUCUAGUCCUUCAACAGGAAAGGUUGAUACACCGAAAAGUAAUGUUGAAGCCAAGGAUGAUUCCGGUGAGUCACUUAACAGGUCUGGCUCUGUAGUUCAGAGUGAUGCCAUUAAUGAUUCCCAAGAAAAUGUACAGUCUUCCGGGGAUCACUCGCGCCAAAGAUGUGAAAAGACGGAAACAGAAACUGCGGAACACCAAGACAACCUGAAGAGCAUGGGUGACUCAACAACUGCAAUGGUUCCUGUUGCCAGUUUUGAAGAAGAAGCGUCUGUAUCUCAUUGCAAGAAAGAUAAUCUUAGUGAUGAAGGUAGCGUUGGGCAUGACAUAGAAGCUACUGCUGAGAGCAAGGAAGGCACCAGUGGGAUAGAAAAAGAAACCUUGAAUUCCUCAACGGGUACUGCAUUUGGAGAGGGAUGUGGUAAAAGAACCGGUGAAAUUGGUAACGAUAAUGGUAAGAAAAAAGGUGAUGAGGAUGUUGAACAUACGAAGGUUGAAGAGAAUGAUAAUAGUCACGUUGACGAAGAAGUUGUUGAAAAGGAACCUUCUAAGGCGAGUAAUGGCAGAGAUGACCUUCCAAAUGAUACAUCCUCUGAUGUGGGGUGCAAAGAAGUUGCCAACACAAGGAGUUCUUCAGUGGAAGUAAAUCAAAGUAGCGAUGAAGCGCAAACAUCAAGGUCAGACGUUGAAGAAAUACAGAAGAACAAACUGGAGGAAGGUGAGGACGCAAAACCGCUGCGUCAUCAAGAGUCAAAACUUUUAUCUGGAGCAGAAACAAUUCAUGAUACUAACCAAGCCCCUGCUCAGGCACUCCAUGUACCCAGCCAGGGACUGCCAGUACCUCCUCCUCCUCAACCCCAGCAAUUCAUUGUUCAGCAACAGUUCUUAGCAUUUCAGCAGCAGUUUCUACAAAUGCAACAGCAAAGGCAGGUUCUUGUCCAGCAGUACCAACAACUGCAACAACAACUGCACCAGGCAGGAGGGCAGGAUCCCGUGCUAGCAGCACAGGUUAUGACUGUCCAGUCCCAAGGACAAGUUCUUCAACAGCAAAUGGUCCAGGCCUGGCAACAGAUUCAGCUGAUCCAACAUCAACUGCAGCUCGCAGGUGCACCGAACCAACAGCAGCAGCCACAGGCUUCGCAGUCUCAGUUAGGUUCACAGUGGCCACAGGGAGUUAUUCAAGGUCAUCAGAUAGCAGCGCAGCCUGGUGUUAUCGCUGCGAGACCAGGGGCGAUGGCAAUGCAGCAUCCUUUGCAAGCUCGUGGAUCACUGACUGACAAGGUAGGAUAUCUUUGAUGAUAUACCAUCUUAUAGUCCAUUUUUGCCCGGACGUUAGCCCUUUCUUUUACUGAACUGAUGACUCUCUAUGUCGUGGCUUUCUUGCUUUCAGGUUCUUGAUGAAAUACCAAAACAAGGUAGAGGAAGAAGCAAGAGUAAAGACGCGCCACUUCAACCUUCUCCCCAUGGUCCGCCAAACCCAGGCAUGGACUGGCCCCCUCCCAAAGCAAAACAGACUAAACCACGGCAGAGGAGAAGCAAGAAAGCAGGACCAAAAGCUGAUCCUGAUCUUGAGCUACAACAACAGAUGCUUCAGCAACAGUUAUACCAACAAAUGGAGCAAAGGCAUCGUCUUAUGCAACAAAAGCAAGGGCUGUACGUUGAACAGGGAAAACAUCCCGGGCAACAACCUUCACCUUCAUUAACUCAACAUGUAGUUGAUAACCCUGGUGUGCUUGCUCAAACAUCUAUGGAUAUGCCGCACCCAACGCGACCGUUAUCACACACGCCAGAACUGCAACAAGGGCUGCCAUCAAGACCAGAUUCGCAAAUCGGCUUGCCCCCUGGGACAACGGGUCCUCAGAUGCCCUCGGGUCCUCAAGUGCCCCUUCCUCCUAACAUGCAAAUUCCUCCAGGUCAUCCACAAAAAAAUGAUCAAGGCUCCUUUUCUCAGAGAUUCCCAACACCGGAAGAUUAUCUUAAGCAAUUUGGCCAAAACCAGAUGCAUCAGAGGCAACCAACCGUGCGGUAUGUAGCAGAAGCAAACAAUCCCUUCAGCGAUCAGUUUCAGGGUUUGGAAAACAAAGGAAGAGGGCGAGGAACAGAAAGGAAGAAACCUGGUCCCAGGAAACCAGGGAAGCCUCGAGGCAAAAAAGCAAAAGAAGCAGUACUUCCAGAUGUCGACCCUCUACAACAGCAGCAAACGAGUUCUGCUGUUCGGGAGCUUGUUUCUCCAUGGCAUGCUGCCACACCAUCACCGCUAGCACGGGACGUAAUGCAAGAAAAAUCAGAAGGCACAGGAGUUCCCCAGUCCCCGCAAGUGCAGAUUAAUAUCGGGCCUGGUGAUCGUCAUGAGUCAAUAAAACAAGAGAAUCCCGAUGGAAGUAAAGACGACAAAGAUCAGGAGAAUACAAAGCAGGACAUUCCAGCAGAGCAGCACACUGAGGCUGGCUACGGCGCGCCGUCCGAAGGAGAAGUAAAAAAGGACAUCAAUGUCGCUGAGAAGGAGAGUACAGGUGACACGCGUGGUGUUACAAAAGAGGGGUCUGAGUCUGCUGAGAAGAAUAAAGGGGCAUGCAAAGGUACGGGGCUAGAAGCACUGCAAAGGUUGGAGUCUAUGGUUGCAGACAUGGCAAAUGAGGAAGAAGCAUGUAAAGAGCUGGAGAAGCAGUCUGAAUUGGAAAGACUGCUGGAUGAGAAUGAAUAUGAUCCUGAAAUGGACAAGAUAUACGAAAGAGAUUUUAUAGAAGACACUCCGUUCGAAAGAAGCUUACUCUCACCUAAUAAAACUGUGGGCAAUGGAUCUCAGGCUAACUCUGUGGCCUCUCUUGAGUGUCAUGAAGAGAGUCUCAUUUCGCCAUUGUUUGAGGAGCCUGAAAAAAGAAAAGAGCGGCAGAAGUUUUUCGCGGACGUUUCGUGUAGUGAAACACCUCAAGUAGAAAAGAAAUGUAGUGACGAGUCUAUGGGCAAAACUGAAAGCGAAGAGCGAAGUAAAAAAGAGAUUUUGCUGACACCCUCUAUCGAACCAUCUCUAACUCCUGAUGUUGCUACUCCUGUUAUUGAUUCUAAAGAAGAUGCCAUCGAGGUGGUUGAUCAUGGUAGAAACGUGAGCGAUCAAAGUAGAGAUCCAUGUAAGCAAGAAGCUAUCGAGGAUACUGUAGCAAUUAGGAAUGAAGGUUCAAUGCGAGAAUUAGGUUCACUUGAUGCAGUUGGUAAUCAAGGACCUCACAGAGAACUAGAGCAAAGUAUUGGAACAAGAGAAUCUGUGGCAAUUGGGAGUGCUGCCUCCGAAGCCAUCCGUCAUCCGGAAAGUGCCGUCCCUGUAUCUAUUACAUCAAGUGUUGGACCUUCAGUAAACGAGCUGCUAAAUAGUGUAAAUGGCAAAGACUUGAUUGUUCAAGAAUGUAAAAACCAUCAGCAGACGCCAGGCGAAGCUCCUUUUGGAAGCAGCAGGGAUGUAUGUGCAGCUUUUCCUCAGCAAAAUGCUACAAAUAUGAGUAGUUGUAUUGUACCAGAAGCUGUACAUGAAACUGUGGAUCAAAUCUCCGACACUAAGAAAUACUACACGGCUGAUCCAGUGCAAGAACCAACAGCAACACUUCCUGCUCGUCCAGUUCAGCGUGAGAAGCCUGCUAAGGCAUCAAAACAAUCGAGUCGACCGAAAAACCAGCAUGGAUUAUCAGAUGCAGUAGCGAAGAAGAAAACUCCUACAAAGGAGGAAGACCCCAUUAAAAAGCAGUGGCAGGAGCUAAAAAGGCAGGAGUACGAGCGAAAGAAGCGCGAGUACGAGGAACAACAGAAGAAAAAACGAGCACUUCAACAACAACUUCGCAUAGAAAAACAAAUCAUCAGAGAGCAGAGGAAACGGCAUCGUAUUUAUAUGAAUCCCAGCAGCCGGAGCAAGCAGAAAACAGAAGUUGUUAACACUGCUAUAUCCUUGACGAUCUCCACUGUUAACAACUCUCACAAAGAAGUCAAGCCGGGGACUCGUCUUUCUCUCUGCGAACCCAAGUUGCUUUUGACUCAUGCCUUGACACAUCCGUACGGAAGCAGGCCUUUUAACGGACAGUGUCCUUUGAAAGGGAACUUUGGUUCAGCAAAAAUAGAUGGAAUGGUUGACUUUUAUUCACAGUUUCCAAUAUCUGGGGUGGAUGUUGUGUUGGGACAUCCGCCGACCCCACCCUCGUCUCUGCCACCCUCCCCAGGGGUGCAUCAGCAUAAGAACGAUUCCAGUGAAAAGCCUCUUGUAAAUGGCGACGUUUCGCCUGAGCAUUCUGAACGCGCUGAACUGCUUGCUUCUAACAAGGCACACGGUUCGGAUAGUGAGCGGCCAUCCAAACGGGCGCGGUACAUGGCAGUUUUGGAUUCUGCCAGAGGGGGCGUUAGUGUUCCUCCAUCAAUGCCUACUCCUCCUUUGUCCGAUUCGGCAGCGUCGUCUGUGAACGAUCGAAUCGCUGACGCACAAUCUUCUGGGAAACAACUUCUCCUUAUAAGGUCUGAAUCAAACGGUAAAGAAUCCAAUAGUAAUUCUUCGUCUUCGUCACCUGAAACAGUUCAGUACAUUGCUUCUUCAUCUCCGGAGUCCGAUGCACUCAAUAGAAUGCAGACUCCUAAGUUCUCAGCUUUAUUACAUCGUGACAGUACAGACUCGCCAACGUUUCCAGCAGUGACAAUAAAACGCGAGAAAGUGGAACACGUCUUACAAAAUGGUAUAUGCCCGUCUUUUAACGAUUCCUGUAGGAGUAUUUCGGAUACUCAUUUUGGUGAGACUACUUGCUGUGGGCCUAGAGCAGAGAACGAUGCUGAUGAUUUGGACAAUAUUCACGUGUCAUUGACAUUGUCGCCAACAUCAGACCAAAGGGUCACAGACACUGUGGCGUCAGUCGCUGCAUUGAUAGGCUGUUCUCCUCCCCGACGCUCGGACAUUGUUAUCGAGCCGGCUGGAAAUACUGUACCUUCCAGUGGUUACUUAAAACCUACUAACAAACUCGGCAGCAGUGCGAUAGCAGCUCCUAUGGCUCACACUUCAUCGGAUAUUUAUCAGAAAUCACCUUUUCCAAGUUCUCAAGUAAACCUCUCAUCUAGCGAGGAAAAAUGCUCGGUCAAAAGACCAGAAGGUCCGUACUGUCGUCACUGUGAUGUUUUAAUAAUAGGUAUUGGUAUGAAACGUAAACCAGACGAUGAAGAAACGGUACAGGGACUAGACACAGUGAAUUCAAAUGAAACAGCCAAGGACAACGCAGAUUAUAAAAUCUACAGAGUUAGUGUGGAAGCAGGGGACUGUACAGGGGACAUAUUUUGCUCGGAAGCUUGCUUGAAGCAAUAUUUCGCGCAUGUUGUUUCUGAAUGUUCGUCACUAACGCAAGACUGUAAAUCAGGGCUCAGGGUCUUGCCGUCUCAUUCGGAUAUGUCUGUUACAUCUGUGGGUCAAACGAGUGUCGGAUCCGGUAACGUGACAACAGUUAAUGGAGUUGAUUGUCGGGGAGGAGUCGCAGCGGAUGGAUUAUCGCCGACAUCUUUACGGAAACUGCGAAGUCCUUCUUGGAAGGAAGAAGACCGAGAUGACCAGGUUAGUUUGUUUUUUUUCCUCUUUACUCUGUUUCGAUUUUAUUUGAUCUAUGACCAAGAACAUUUUUGUUUUCCCUUUAUCCAUGGAUACCGUGUACAACAUUUAUUUAGUGAAAACACUACUCAUUACGAUGGACAAUUUGAAGCUUCUGUAAAAAAGAAUGAUUCAAGACGUUGUGAGAGGUAUAGCAGAAAGGAUGAUCCGAAUUUCUAUAGUGAAAUACACCAAGAGUUCAGAUCACAAGUAUUUGAAAGAUGUUGCUUUUCUUUAAACCAUCAUCAGGCCACUAAAUAACAAGGAGAAAGUGCGUGGUUUUAUGAUGGGCGGGGUGGGGGCUCUCAUAUGAAUAAGAACCUGACAUGUUGCCAACAAUUUUAAUCUUAUGUCAUUUUGUACUUCACCAUGAAGUUGUGAGAAGUGCUUGGCUGUCUUUUAGAUUAUCUGACAUGUCUUUGUCAAGGUACACUAUGUUUGGUACCUGCCUUCUUCAGUCAUUUUCUUUGACUGUUUGUGAGGCAGAUACCUUUGUAGCCUCUCUAGCUUUUCUUUUUGUGUGUGAACUCUAGAAAUUCAUUAAUAAAAAUUUCUAAAAUACACUACCAAAAAACAAACAAACUGUUAGACCAAGUCUGUCGUAGAGGCGUACUUUAGGGAUACUUUUUGCAUCUGGAGAAGCCCACAUUGGCAUGUUCUACACUUGGGGACAUUUACAUUUUCGUGUAGCCUGAGAAAACAGCCGACAUUUGGCGACGCUACCACUGGUUUCCCCGCCAAAUGACGUCUGAGAAACGAGCGCAGAAAUUCCAUAUUGAUGACGCGUCACUACUCAGAUCUGAGUAGUGACGCGUCAUCAGUGUGGAAUUUCUGCGCUCGUUUCUCAGACGUCAUUUGGCGGGGAAACCAGUGGUAGCGUCGCCAAAUGUCGGCUGUUUUCUCAGGCUACAUUUUCUUUUUAUCGUUGGUCUCGUUAACUCUUUAUUUAAGACCUUUAUUUUAAGGGACUUUGCAAUUAAAGGGAUUGUGUGUGUUGUUUGAACGAAGUUUUGCACUCGCUUCAAGACUUUCCACAAUAACUGAAGCAUAUUUGGUAUCUUAUAUCUUACUUUUAUUAUCUAGGGAUGUUUUCAUUUCUAGUCUUAGUGUGUCAAGUUGAACAGAUGUUAGAACAGCGUUACUCUCUGUCUUUAGGGAAAUAGUUGCAAACGUCAGCGUCGGUUACAGUGGAAAAGAUGGCAGCAGAAUGAAGCGGCAAAAGGUGGCAACAAGCAACGAUUAGAACUUUCAGCUGAAGAGAUAACGGAGGUACGUGAAGCUAAUACAGUGUUACCGGUGUGUAGCAACAUGAGCUAAGACCUGGAACAGCCCAGAGUUCCGGUAUUCUAAGGUUUGGUAUUCCGUACAGUGGUGUGUAAUCGCCAUUCUGUUUUCUAGACAACUGAGUAAAUGCUGCAGUCAAAGGGGUGGGUUUAAGGCUGGAAGGACGAAGUGGACGUUAGAGGAGAGGAAGUUGUCCUUCUGUUUUUGACGUUUCCUAACCCCUCCCUCCCUUGCUUUUUUUAAGCAAAUUCUAACUAGAGGCAUUUAAAAGUAAUUUGACACGAUGUGUAAUUCUUUGAAGCAAGUCGUCCCCUUUGGUUGGUGUACAAAACUAGUGACCUUUUUUCGUUCAUGUUGACGUACAAUCACCAGAGAUUGAUUUGUCACUGUCACGUCUUUUUUUAGCUUCUAGGAAAACAUGGCGCGUUGAAGCCCUGUGCUGAUCUGCCAGAUGACAAGAGGUCUUGUACUUUGUGUGGUGAGACAGGCGAUGGAGACAACAACGCUUCAGCUCGGUCAGUACAACAUCUGUCCUGGGAAAAGGACUCCUACACGAGCUAUCUCGUAUACUGUAAACUACUACUAAACAAAAAAAUACAUCCGAUUAUAGACUCCUAGCUUUUAAGCUUGAUUCAAAAUCAGUAAAUGAAAAACGUGUUUUUAUCAGCACUGCAGUAGCUUGUUUCGAAGCGAUUUUUCUUAUCUGGUUUAUAUAAGCCCCCUAAGUUUUUAAGGACCUCCUGUUAACUCAGGGCUAAUAAGCGGCAAUUUACGGUAUUUGACUAACUUGUCUUUGCAUUAUUUACUUUGAAAUUCUGGAGCAGAAUCUCAGGUUCACUGAUCUGUACCAAGACUCUGUACAACAUUUCGUUAGCUUUUUAAGCCGGUUCAGCUAUCCAUUAACCGACAGUUUUCAACUCGCUACCUGCCCGUUGAUAACAGCACUUGGUACUGAAGGGUUAUCCUGGAUAAAUAUUCGAUUAUUGUUAUUAUUAUUAUUAUUAUUAUUAUUAUUAUUAUUAUUAUUAUUAACUACGGUAUCAACUUAUAGCUGUUUACCUGCAAUAGCCUGUUUGGAACACAUGCCGUGCAAAAAAAGAAGAAUCCAGACAUUGCUCAACUCGGUAAACCAAAACACACCCCCUUGAUCACAUAAACAAAUAUUAACCAUAGGGAAGAGUUCCAAGCCAAGGUCAGGAGCCUAAGUAACAAAAAGACAUUGUAUCGAUAGAAGCCGCUAAUUAAAAAGUAUCCGCUUCGCACUUCGAUAGCCAAAAAAAAAAAAUACCAUAGGGAAGUAAGGUGGAUGAUAGCCAAAACAAGGCUAAUUUAAUACCAUAGGGAAGAGUUCCAAGCCAAGGUCAGGAGCCUAAUAACAAUAACCGGCGCCAACCACGUAGGCUAGCUCUUACUUGUUAUUAUGACACCUUUUACUGAAGAAAAACAAACAAAAACCCAUGGUAGUGUAGUGAAUGUUAACUCCAAUAUAAAGUCCUUAUCAACUCUUGUUUGUGGUUGUUUUAUUUGCAGUCUGCUGAAUCUCGAUGUGGAUGUGUGGGUUCAUCUCAACUGUGCGCUUUGGUCACUGGAAGUUUACGAAACGUUAAACGGCGCUCUCAUGAAUGUGGAUGUAGCUGUUAAAAGAGGAACUGUAACGGUAGGCUAAUGACCUGUGAUGAAACUAUAUAUCUGAUGAACUCUUUUCUCUUCACCAAGUGAAUUUACCCAUGUAAAGUUAAUCAGUUUUUUCAAAUUGUUUCCUUCUCGCAGAACUGUGUGGUGUGUUUGAAAAGAGGUGCUACCGUGUCAUGUAAUCAGAAGAUCGGCUUGUCCAAGAUUGGCUGUCCAAACAAUUUUCACUUUAAUUGUGCGAUCACUCAUGGCUGUGUGUUCUUCAAGGACAAGGUAAACUUUGUCACAAACCGCGUCGAAUUUGCAUAAUUACAGGACUAAAAUAAUUUGCUGGUAAAAUCUGAACAGUUGGUGUUGCUUGUUUUUUCAGACGAUGUUGUGUCAUGAGCACAGACCAGAUACCCCUGGAAUGACGGAUCUGAUUCUAUCAUCUUACGCUGUUUAUCGAAAGGUUUAUGUCAACAGAGACGAGAUUCAGCAGAUCGCAAGGUUAAUAACUUUUUUUCACUUUGUUCCUUUCUUUCGCUGUGUCACGUUUUUGUUGCUAACCACUGAACAUUUUUCCACCGCCAGUAUGUUACGUCACAAUCAGGAAACCAACGAUAAACCUCAGACGUUACGACUUGGAAGCCUGGUAGUGAGGUCCUUGGGACAGCUUCUGCCACAUCAACUGCAGUCAUUUCACAGCAGAGACUCCGUCUAUCCGGUAAUCUCCCAUGCGUGCAGUCGUUUUGUUUAAGUCACUGGUUUCAUCCAAGCUGAGCUGCGCUUAGUGAGCGAUAUUAGGGAUACACGGGUGUCGAAGGCGUUAACCUGUGUAUAUGUUUUCGCUAGGCAUGCAUUCCAAUGCACACAUGUAUUUUAGAAACUAAAUAAGAACAUGAGUAACGGAUAAUACAACCCAGCGUGUAAUCUCGGACAGUCCUUUUCUUAGUGAUAAACGAGAAACUAUAGCUAAGUUUUAUUUCAAUUGUCUAUUCAAGAACUGUGCAACUCGCUCUCGAAGACCCAGGGACAGCUAAGCAAGACGGGAUACUUUAAGAUCAACGAAAGAGCAUUUCGGCACCAAGAAACAUUUGAAUACUUUCCUUUUGACUCUUUGUCCAAUCAGAAGUGAUUGGCUGCCUCUGGGUCCCCAAGAAUAAACAGAACUAUUCAUAAAUGUUUCCAGAUAUGAAUGUUCGAGUCGGGCAAAGUUUACAAGCUCUUCUCAUGUGGUUUACUUUAAACUUCUACUAAUUUAAUACACGACAUCCAUUCUUUAAACAUCGACGUGACGUCAUCUCAUUUGUUUUAGAGACAAUUUGUCCUUGCAAGGUGCAUUUUAAAGUUUUGUUAAAUUAUUUUUUGAAGACACGGUUUUCUUCUUUACUGAAUUGUUUCUUGGUGUAUCAGGUUGGCUUCAAGACAAUCCGUUUCUACUGGAGUAUGCACUCUGUGAACCGCCGCUGUAAAUAUCAUUGUAUGGUUGAGGAUGCAGAGGGUAUCCCGAGUUUUACCAUCAGAGUGGAGGACGACGAGCAAAAAGAACAACUCAUCUUUCGCGGAAAAUCGCCAAGAGGUAAGCAGAGCGUGCUAUGAAGAAGUUAGAAGUUACUUGUGUCAGACUUGUGUCAGAUAAUGCAACUGACACAACGAAAUGCAACUUAUAACAACUUGGAACAAGCACUCUACCUUGUAUCAACGAUAAAGAUUUAUUAUCAUGCCAAAAGUAGUAAUAAUAGUGAUAAAAAAAUCAGACAAGGCUAACGGCUUAAUGCUACCGCCCAAUGAUAAGAUCAUUUGAAAUACGACAAGGUCUUCAUCCAAGCCGGCAUGAUCUGACCAGUUUUUGUAAAAUACCCUGGUUAAUGGUCCCGGCGCCGGGGUUCGAAAUUGGGACCUUCCAGUCCACAGAUCUACGCUCAUCCAACGAGUUAACAUGUUAUUUUUUCAGUUGCUAGUAUACUGAAUUCUCUCCAAGAUCCCGUCCGUUUAAGGGAUAUAUACGUUAAAGAUGUGUGCGACUGUAAUAUCCAUGUCAGUGUUAAAAUGGAUGGGUUACAUUAAAGGAGUUAUAUAUAGUUAGGGACGAUUAACAAUUUUAUUACACUUUGUCGUUUCUUCUCAACAGAUGUCUGGCAACAGAUUCUCAUUCCCAUUUUGAAAAUAAGGAAGGAGGCGGGGCUGGUCAACUUGUUCCCAGAAUACAUCUCAGGAGAGGUAAGUGGAAGAGUUCUUACGUUUCAUUACUGAUGGGUUAACUACUUGUUGUUCUUGUAUUCUGGUUCAGAUCUCGACCUGGCCAGAGGCCCUACCAGAAAUUCUCCCUCGCUUGUCCUGAAUUUUAUCCCUCAACCGUGCUUUUUCUAUCCCGCCUUUGGGAUUUUUAACCUGUUCUUUUGAAUUAAACCUGCUGUUUCAAUUAUUGGUCAACCCCAUUAGGUUUGUGCUUUAACAUUUUGCAGUGUUGUGGGAGAGGUCAUUUACUGUUAUUAAUUAUUUUGUCUUAUUUCACAGGAUUUGUUUGGGUUAUCAGAGCAAUUUGUACUGAGGAUUAUCGAGUCGGUACGUGUCUUGGUGGUCGUUCACUACUGCUAGAUUCUUAGUUAGUGCCAAGCCUGCUGUGAACCGCUUAUUUGUUUUUUCUUGUUUUAGAUGCCUGGUGUAGACCAAAUGCAAGGAUACAACAUGCGUUAUGGCCCGUCACCCAUAAUGGAGCUGCCGUUAGCGGUAAAUCCAACCGGUAGUGCCAGGUCAGAGCCGCUAUUGAGAACACAUUUCAGGAGUGGAAGGUGUGUGUCACAAGCUUUGUUAUUCGUGUUCUGUGCAACUUUAUUAUGAAUAUCGUACCCGGCGUCGCUUUUUUUUUGGCCUCAAGUCUGACCUUUUGAAGACAAAAUCGCCAACUCGGCGCUAGAUUAUAAAGUCGAUAUAAAUAAAUAAGUAAUACAAAGCUGAGGUAACUUGAUUUGUCGCGCUUCAUCGUAACCCUCAUCGCACUUCGUACUGUGGGUACUUGGACUGCUAAGGCAUUGUGAGACGAGCAAGCUGUCGCUGAAUUUUUCCAUCCCGUAACAGUCUGGCAGGCCAACCGGCAAAUGUUGCUUGCCCGCCGGUUGUGCCCAUGGGAAAAUCUGCGGGAAAGUCGCACCUCUCGCCCUCCCUCUUCAGCGAGAACUAGUGUAUGGCAGGUUAUAAUCAACGUUUUCAUUUUUUUUGUCCACAGAGCUCGCGCCCUUCGGUCUGCUACCAGUUCUGGCACCGCGGUAUCCCCCGCAGCCACGGUCAGUUCCGGAAUCGCCGACGAGUCAUCUGGUCUGUAUCUUAAACAGUUCGUAUUCUCCAAAGCUGCGCAAUACCGCAAGCUAAAAACCGAGUGGAAAAACAACGUCUUCUUGGGAAGAUCCAACAUUCAAGUAAGUGCUUUGAUAUUCCGAAUCGCUGUUAAUGAAAGUUUGUUUGCUAGUUUGGGGCGGAUACCUUCACAGAAUAUAAUGCUGGGCCCCUUAGAAAACAAGGGAACUGCUUGCUUAUUGGGAGUUAUCUUCAAACACAGCAGAUCUUCAGUCUAAAUAUUUUAUUCCUCACGGGGGCAUUUUCUUGUGAGGGCAAGUUUUAAGAUGGUUUGAAAUAAAAAUCGGCGUAGUAAUGUCGCGUCUUUGAAUAUUAAGUUUCGUUUGUUUGCAGGGCUUAGGACUUUUUGCGAACAAGGACAUGGAAGGGGUGAGUUUAAGAUGUUUUUUCGUCAUAGCGAUUUACGUACUUUGCAGCACUUGAUUUGCGAUCCUUAUUAGCACCUGUUAACGUGGAAGGAAGGCAACCCUCCCAGAACGUGAAAAGAAUGUCUUAUGCGCUUUUCACCCAAUCACAAGUGAGACAACUUGAGGACAAGAAAAGUCAUCUUGCUCAGUGUAACCAGACAGUCUAGGGUCUAGUGUAGUGUGAUCCUCUCGUCAGGGUAACUCGAUCUACCUCGUGUUAACCCGCGGGCAAUCCCGGAAAAUCUGUGGAUACCCUCUUUCCUUGUAAACAGACCAUAACACAACUUACACUAGCACACUGUUGUUGUGGCUGUUUGGUAAUAACGACCUUUAGGUUAGUCGUCGAGUACAAGUAAGAGUUAAGAAUUUCGAGCUAAUUUUAUCUCGUGAACUAUAACUAUAUGACAAGCACAAAAAUGAACGUGCAGGAUGAGAUUGAGGCACACGAAUUUGGUUUGACAACGGCUACUUGUGCUAAAUCCAAUCUUAAGGUCGCUUAUGUCGAUGUUGUUCCUUUUUUGGUCGUGUCAACAGGGAAGUAUGGUCAUCGAGUACAUUGGCUCUAUCAUACGAAACGAAGUGGCCAACAGAAGAGAGCAAAUCUACGAGAAGCAGGUAACGUUUGUGCGAAAACGUUUUUAAUUGCAAUGUUUGUGAGUGUGUCAUUUUGCCGUCAAGAUUUUAUGGUCGUUGCGCAACUGCUAAAUCUCAAACUUGAGUUCAUGGAAAACUCAGUCAAGAAACUCGCCAAGAAAAAGCAAAAGAAUCAAGCGUUUAAUGAGUAUCUUUAUAUCUGAUACAGACAGGCCUAAACUUAACAUCCAAUCUUCCUAGCCCCCAUAUCUAAAUACCCUAUUUUUACUUAAUUUCGCGUAUAUUAUUUCGCGGGAUUAUAUUUUUUUGGCCAUCUCAAUUGGGCAACUAUGGUUAAAAGGCUUUAAAUAUCGCGAUUCAAACGUUCUCACUCAACUUCGUUUUAGUUUGCAAAAAGUCUGAACUUUUAAAAUUUCUCUCUAAACUUGAACAACAAAAAUGCAUGUUUAAAAAGGAACUCUUAAUACACGAAGAAGCAAAACGUGUAUUUGGAAAAUUAACUUUAAAUGUGUUAACGUUAUUUCAAAACGGAAGAUGCAAAAUGAAACUAACCUGCACUGAUUUGUGUGUUUGUCGAUACAUAUGCUGUGUAUGUUCAGUUGUUAUGUUACAUGUUAAUCUUUUUUUUCAGUCAUUUUAUGGGUAUUAAAUUUAGCGAGGAUUUUUAUGCGUACCUUUCAUUUCGCGAUUUUUUUACAAUCAAGGAACGCGAAAUUGAAGACCCUGCGAAAAUAAGUACCAGUAAGAUAUUUGUACCAGUGAGUAGCAAUAAGGUAUUCGAGCAGGAAUGAAAAGAUCAAGCUAAUGACGAAAGUAUAAGAUUCUUGAUAUUAAACUGAAACCAAGAUCUUCUUAAAAGGAUUUAGAGUAAGACGCCUUUAAUACGACCACUCUCCGCCGGACAGUAAGUUCCCCUUCCAUUAACGAGGUGAUUGAGCAAAAAAAACUGAGUGUUCGUAUGCAAGCCCCGCCUGACAAGAACUCCGUUAUUACCACCUUUACUAUUAUUUAGUCCCAAUCAAACCAACACUCGGUUUGAAAACCUUCCUCGUUAAAGCGAUUGGGUUUUUGUAGUCUGUUGAUGGCGGUGUAUCAACAGGCUCACACUGCACUACUGACGUGUUAAGCAGUCGGCCGCAAGGAAACUUGAGAUGGAAAUACUGACCAGUUUUUCGUUUUUCUUUGUUUUAGAAUCGCGGCGUGUACAUGUUUAGAAUUGACUCUGAUGCCGUUAUCGAUGCGACAAUGGCUGGAGGACCAGCGCGAUAUAUUAACCAUUCAUGUAGUGUAAGUAUUCCGCGACAAUUCUUACUUGUUCCCGUGAGGUCAGGCGGUCUUUGCAGUCGCACGUGAAAAGGCGCCGUGUUGGGGGCUUGAAGUUUAUAGAAACUAGUACAGCCUUUUGUGGCCUGGCCGCAGUUGUUCAAAAGGGUCCAGUGGACCACGCAGUUGGUUUCCUUAAGGGUUGAUUUCCAUUGUCGCGUAAUUUUUAUGUGCGUACGUGCGUAAAAUUUACGUUAACAAAUCAAAUAGAGGCAAUGCGUGAAAGGUCGCUCGUAAGCGUAAAAGUUGAACCUCGCUCAACGUCUCGUUUAAGUUCAGCACUUUUUAUCUUGCGUUUAUUUUAUUUACGUGAUUACAAUUUACGUGCGUUAACGUGUGUAGCUAAAAAUGCGUCAGUGGAAAUCAACCUUAACACUUAUCAGCUCGAUAGUGAUUUAUCCAGUGGGUAUAGUGCUAUCCAACGUUUGAACAACCGGGGCCUGGUGCAGCGGAAAGAGGGGUGACGAAGGUCUUUUCGCCCCUCUCUCCCCUCCCCCCAGUCUUCAUCGCAUCCUCCUUUGUGUUAUGUUCCAACACUGUUAAGUGACAAAAUUUGCCUUCAUGAAUUCUACAUUUAUUGGUUUGCUGUUUUGCUUUUUCAGCCAAACUGCGUUGCUGAAGUGGUGACCUUCGAGAAGGAGCAGAAAAUUAUUAUUAUUUCCAACAGAAAGGUUGAAAAAGGAGAAGAGGUAAAGUUCAGUUUAUUCCUCAGGAAUGAGUAUUAUGAAAAACCGAUUACUGGAAUUUCUUCCAAAGUAGCAUCUCACUUGUGGACAGCGCUAAACUCUUGAUUCGUGUCCGUAUAUUGGUCCUCUUUUCUUUCUUUGUACGAGCGGUUUUUACAAUCGGGAAUUCCAGUUUUUCUCGCUCUUCAAAAACCAGCACCUUGCUACCCACUUUAGUGGCUCCAAGUGUUGCAAAUUACUGCUAGUUAGGUAUUGUAAUCUGGUGUGCGUAUUAUGCGGUGUUUUUUUUUUUGAAAAAAAAAAUUUGUUGUGUUACAUCACUUGUCCUUUGGUACCUUUCACAACACCAACAAACUACAAAUUUUCAAAUUCCAAUUCGAUCUGGACGUUUAAAAGGUUGUUAAAGGCGUUCUUGGGAACUGCUGUAUUAGGACGGUCGAUAAACAAAUUACAUGGUUUGAACAAGACUGAAGAGCUUUUAAAUCUCUUAGGCAUCGAUCCGGUCAAGAUAGAUUAUUCUCUCUUGAUCCGGCUUACUACCUCCGCCAUGUUUCAACCCGUUCCAUAUAAUAUGAAGCCAAAACUUACACAUCUUCAUUUUCCUACAGCUCACUUAUGACUACAAGUUCGACUUUGAGGAUGAAGAAAAUAAAAUUCCAUGCUUGUGUGGUGCUCCUAACUGCCGAAAAUGGAUGAACUGAGGAACUGAAUGUGGAGCAAUUUUCAUCGAAAUUUAUUUAAUCGUUAUUUAUUUAACGUGAAUGUUCUACAACUUUUGGCAGGUACAAAUCCAGAAUUUUCUUUAUACACAUAAGGACAGCGGAAAAUAUAAUAUUGUAUGAUAUAUAAUUAAUCAUGUUUUAGUUCGCUUUUUCAAUUCGCAGAAGUGAAUUUGUCAUGUCAGACAUUUCAUGCCGGAAUAGCUAUAUGCCAUCCGAAAUACGGGAAUCGCUAGGUUUGUUUGUUUUUUUUUCCCCUGUGCAUUUUUGUUUAUUUAGGUUCAC